AUGCAGACGAACCCUUUUGCCUCGGCCGAAUCCAACUCCUGUGGUCGGCUCGACGGCCGCAGCUGCUGCCCUUCCGCCUCCCUCCCUCCUCCGCUCCGGUCGAGCUCGCCGCCCCCAGCGCGCCUCGGCGGGCAUCGUUUCGCAUGGAGAUGGCCCCCGCGCCCGUCUCCUCCAACCCGCGCACGGUCGAGGAAAUCUUCAAGGACUUCUCCGGCCGCCGCGCCGCCCUCGUCCGCGCCCUCACCUUCGAUGUGGAUGACUUCUACGGCUUCUGCGACCCAGAGAAGGAGAACCUGUGCCUGUAUGGCCACGCCAACGGGAGGUGGGAAGUGGCGCCGCCGGCGGAUGAGGUGCCGCCGGAGAUCCCGGAGCCGGCGCUGGGCAUCAACUUCGCGCGCGACGGCAUGCAGCGCCGCGACUGGCUCUCCCUCGUCGCGGUCCACUCCGACUCGUGGCUCAUCUCCGUCGCCUUCUUCUUCGGCGCCCCCCUCAACGCCAACGAGCGGAAGCGUUUAUUCAGCAUGAUCAAUGAUCUUCCAAGUGUCUUUGAAGCAUUCGUUGACAGGAAGCACGGCAGAGAUAGGUCUGGUGCUGAUAGCAGCGGCAAGUCCAGACAUUCAUCAAAGCGAGCAAGCGAUGGCCAUGCGAAGAAAUCUAGGUCCGUCGAAGAGUAUGAAGACGACGAAGAGCACAGUGAAACCUUUUGCGGAACCUGCGGUGGUCUCUACAACGCGAACGAGUUCUGGAUCGCCUGCGACAUCUGCGAGCGGUGGUUCCACGGCAAGUGCGUGAAGAUAACCCCUGCCAAAGCGGAGCACAUAAAGCACUACAAGUGCCCCGACUGCAGCUCGAAGAAAAUCAGGCAGUAGGUUGCAGUGUGCACCCGUCGUCGCUGACCCAUCUGAUCUGAUCAAACCAUACGUCCCACGCUAGCAGAUGUGAAUUCCUUUGUGAUACCAUGUGGUUGUAGGAUGAUGCAAAGGACUGAUAGUUGCUCGUUUUAUAAAUGGCUCGUUAACUGUCGGUGUCGAUG